CCCCAAUUGCUGGUUGCUGAUGCUGAUUGCUGAUGCGUCGAGAAACCAAAAACCCUCUGUGACUAGAAUAGCUCUCUCUCUCGAAAACCCACCGAAUAGGUGCCACUUUCGUUUCGCGUAGGUAGUGAGCGGCGUAGAAAGCGAAAGUGAGCGGCGUAGUAGAACAAAGACACUGCGACUAAUGGCCAAGUUUUACGUAUCCGCUGUCAGGGGAAUAAUUCCGACUCUGCGUCCUGGGACUUGUAAUUUCGUCAUCUCUCUCUCUCUCUCUCUCUCGUUUAAAUAUCACCAUGGCGCUCUCUCUCGCCUUCUACAUAGGUAGGCGACAUACCUGCAAUGCUUGUGGGAUGCUUCUUCCAGCACGAUAAUACAAACCGACGAUGCCAUCCAACGAGAACACGCCGGCUGACUUAGGCCACCAGGAGAUGGGAUCCGUGCGCCCCGACCCAUCUGAUCAAGAUUCGCAGGAGUCCACUGCCGACUUGGACGAGAAAUCGAAAAGAGGCUUCCAGUUUUGGGCCAUCAUUGUCGCCCUCUGUAUAGUGUCGCUCCUGUCCGCGGCGGAGAAUACCGUCGUCGUAACCUCUCUUCCCACGAUCGUAGAGAAACUCAAUAUAGGCGAGGAUUAUGUUUGGAUUAGCAAUGUCUUUUUUCUCACCAGUGCGGUUGUGCAGCCCCUAUUCGGUCAACUAGCCAACCUUUUCGGCCGACGACACAUGGCGCUAUCCAUCGUAGCCAUAUAUAUCCUCGGUAGCGGAGUAUGCGGUGCUGCUAACAAUGGGGGCACCUUGAUCGCGGGUAGAGCGAUUCAAGGGAUGGGCUCAGGAGGUAUCAACAUGAUCAUCGACGUCAUCGUCUCCGACCUCGUGCCGCUGCGACAGCGCGGCAACUUCAUCGCCAUCAUCCUAGCGGUGUACGGGCUCGGCACAACUCUAGGCCCGCUCCUCGGCGGCAUCAUCGUCGAAACCACCUCCUGGCGAUGGGUUUUCUACAUCAACCUGCCCAUCGGCGCCUUCGCCUUCUCUCUCCUGUUCAUCUUCCUCCGCGUCAAGUGGGACAAGUCCACGACGGCCCUCGAGCGGCUGCGGCGACUCGACUACGUCGGCAACGGGAUUCUCAUCGCAUCGACGGUGUCCAUCCUCGUCGCCUUGACGUGGGCCGACGCGCUGUACCCCUGGGCGGACUGGCACAUCCUCGUGCCCUUGGUGGUUGGCCUCGGCGGCAUGGUGCUGUUCGUCGUCUUCGAGGGCCUGCCGUGCGUCGCCGAUCCGGUUAUGCCCCUGCGGCUUUUCAGCAAUCGCACGGCGGUCAUCGUGUACAUCGCCACCUUCGUCAACGCCAUGCAGAACUACUGGCUCUUCUUCUUCAUCCCUCUCUAUUUCCAGGCUGUCAAGCUGGCGUCCCCGGCGGAAUCCGGUGUGGACCUGCUGGUGUUCAGUCUCGUGGGGAUACCCGGGGCAGCGAUUGCGCUGAUGAUCAUGUCGAGGUGGGGGCGGUACAAGAUCAUCCACCUCACGGGCUCUGCUCUGUUCACCCUCGGAAUCGGCCUCUUCAGCAUGAUGGAUCAGAACACAGCUACGGUUGCAUGGGUAUUCUUCAACAUUGCGGCAGCCCUUGGCAGCGGCAUGCUCACGAAUACAUUCCUCCCCGCCUUCCAAGCCUCGCUGAAAGAGACCGACCAGGCGUCUGCGACGGCUAGCUGGAACUUCAUCCGCAGCUUCGGGAACGUGUGGGGCGUGGCCAUCUCCGCCGCCAUCUUCAACAGCUUCACGGCAGCCUAUGCGCCGCUGGUGGAUGACGCCAGGGCCAGAGCGUCGCUGACGUCGGGGAACUCGUACUCGAGCGCGACCAAGGCUUUUGUCGAGUCGUUCGAGGAGCCUGUGAAACAACAGAUCCUAACGGUUUUUACCAAGUCACUGCAAAAGCUGUUUAUGAUAGGUGUGCCGUUUUCGGGCUUCGUCUUUCUAUUGAUUCUCUUCGAGAAGGAGAUCGCGCUGCGGACGGAGUUGAAGACGGAGUUUGGUCUUGAGGAGCGGGAGGGCACGGGUAGUGAUAGGGUAGCCCCGUAGUAGACUGAUGGCAUUUACAUGAUUACGUAGCGAUUAAUGAAAAAAAGCACUUGGAAUAUUAUCUGGAGUUUUCAUAAUGCAAAAAUGAGCUUACCAUGGGUUCGAUCACGAUCGGUGUCAUUGGAUGAAUGCGUACCCAGAUAUAGAACCCCUGUUUCCAUAUUGGGGUGUGAUGUGAUAUGUGAUAUUCAGCUUAUGCGACAUAAGGGAAUAAUAAACUUGAAUGGAUAGGUACCUUCUAGGUACAUGAGAUGGAAUAAUUAGGGGAUAAUACGCCUGGGCAGAAUGGUGC